AUGCCAUUUGAAAAGCCAUUCGGCUCACUGACCGGUGCUACGCACCUUACCCGGUUUGCUAUCACCCAAACGGAGAAGUUGGCAGAAGCAAUCGAAAGCUACGAGCCCGACAAUCUUCCAGUGCCUGAGUACCUUACUGCAGGCAUUGCCCAAUUGUCCAAGCAUCUGCAGCUGAUUCAACCAAAGGAGGGCAUCCCACUUUCCCUUCAAGCCGGCAUUGACGCAGAAGACAUAUUGUUCAACAACUUUGAGGUCGCCUGGUUUCUCUCCGCAUACGUCUAUUACCACAACCGACUCCUCAAGAUCUUCGACGAUGACCUUGUUGUUGCUGUGGAUGAGAUCCUGGCAUGUAUGCUCCGCGCCGAAGAGAUCAAAGCACUCCUGCAACCCGAUUUGAUACACAGAUCUGACCCUAUCACCUUCCCGGCUUUUGUGGCAGCAUGCAAUGCCACUAACCGCCAGCCUUGGAUCGAGUUAUGGCGCUCGAUGCAACAUUAUGGCCUUCCAAACGUUGAAUCGCAGUGGACAACUAUCAAGACCAUUUGGAACAUCUUGGAUGACACCAAAGCGCUUGGGGGAACUGAUCUGAACUGGGUGACGAUUUUGCAAGGGCCCGAUGAAAUCCCACUCAGCUUGCCAACUCUCUAUGAACGGUUCUGUUUCUAG